GCCAGAUCCUGCUACGACCAUGGAAUAAGCCCUGCGCAACCCCUCCGAUCGACUCGCCAAACUUCACCCUCCCCGCGUCCAGACCUCGUCAUCCCGCACAGGUCUCCCCGAGACGCGCCCGCCCUGUUCUCCUGCGGACUCUCCGUCGGCCAUGAUGCGAGCUACUGCAGGAACAUUUCAGACAAACAUAUCCCUUCUCGAGACGACCCGCCUCCUGUUCGCCCUCCAUUCACUCUCUCUGUCUGUCUAUUGUUGAUUCUUUUCGAGCUUGUGGACACGAUUUCCGGGUGAACCACCCCACCCGCCAUUGAUUUCAACCGUGCCUUGCACAGUAUACGAAUAUACGACCGCUUUUUAGAAACAUAUAGAUUUCGUCUGAUCCGAGAUGCCUGGACUACCGGCUAGUAUCGACCUCGACGAGUGCAUUGAGAGACUCUACCGGAAAGAGUUGCUGGCGGACUCGGUAAUCGAAGCUAUAUGCGCCAAAGCCAAGGAGCUGUUGAUGAAGGAGAGCAAUGUCGUCCACAUUGCGGCCCCCGUGACUGUCGUCGGAGAUAUCCACGGUCAAUUCUUCGAUAUGCUCGAAAUCUUUAAGAUCGGGGGGUUUUGUCCGAAUACGAACUACCUAUUCCUGGGCGACUACGUAGAUCGAGGACUCUUCAGCGUCGAGACGAUCUCGCUCCUGGUGUGCCUGAAACUGCGAUACCCGCAACGCGUGCACCUCAUCCGCGGCAACCACGAGUCGCGCGGCGUGACGCAGUCGUACGGAUUCUACACCGAGUGCGCGCGCAAAUACGGCAACGCCAACGUCUGGCACUACUUCACGGACAUGUUCGACUUCCUCACGCUGAGCGUGGUCAUCAACGACCAGAUCUUCUGCGUGCACGGCGGCCUCUCCCCUUCCAUCCACUCCAUCGACCAGAUCAAGAUCAUCGACCGCUUCCGCGAAAUCCCCCACGAGGGCCCCAUGGCCGAUCUGGUCUGGUCCGACCCGGACACCGAGCGCGACGAGUUCUCCCUCUCGCCCCGCGGCGCCGGCUACACCUUCGGCGCCCAGGUCGUGCGCAAGUUCCUCGAGGUCAACAGCAUGUCGCAUAUCCUGCGCGCCCACCAGCUGUGCCAGGAGGGCUACCAGGUGCUCUAUGAUGACCGGCUCAGUACGGUCUGGAGUGCCCCCAACUACUGCUAUCGGUGCGGCAAUCUGGCCAGUGUCCUCGAGGUCAGUGAUACCGGCGAGCGGUAUUUCAAUAUCUUUGACGCCGCUCCCGAGAACGAUAUCCAUCGCGGUGAACAGCAGGCCCAGCAGAAUAAGGAUGGCCAGAGUCCGGUGAUUGAUUACUUUCUGUGA